AUGUCAAGUUACAUGGACGGACCCGAGAGCACCGACUCUGAAUUCGAGGACGUAUUCGAUGCUCAUUUCGAUCGUUACUCUACGCGUAAUUCACAGCUUUUACGUAAAGUUGAUGCGUUACAAAUAGAGGUGGGAAGACUGUCAAUGGAGAAUGAACGGGUGAGGGGUGCCCUUGCAACGCAAGAAAACAGGGCAAAUCAGCUAGCGCUGGAUCUCCAAACCGAGAGGAUCAGGAGCGAGCGGGCGACGGCUGAUCACAAGGCAAGCAUCAAUCGGUGCAGUGCCAGAAUUACUGAAUGUCAGCGAAAGAUUGAGGAAAAGGAAGACGAAGUUGAAAGACUUCUCGUCGACCUGUACAAGGCAAGAAGGAAUUUGCCUCUGAAACGCGGGCAUCAAGAAGGCACACAUAAUGUGCUGCUCGCCGACAUGGGAGAAGAAUUCAUGUUGGCGAGCAUGUCCAGAAGGAACGACCUAUGCGGACCUCCCAUGGUGCUCCGUACAGUUUUAGAAGUGACUGUGCGGAUAACAUCUGGAAGGGAGACCAUGAGGUCUAUGUCUCGGCUUCGGGCACCCAACCGUCACGAAUAUGUUCGGACGGAUACCGCUGCCGAGACGAUUUGCGGCGAUGUUGGAGAGGAGCCUAGACAGAAUUGA